AUGGGUGGUUUGCUUGAAGCCCUGCUAGUUGCAUUCUUUCUUCAAGGAUACCACUUUGGGGAGGUCCAAUCGUCCCAUUACAGAGGGUUAACUAUAUCUUGGAAAGCAACUGAAUACGAGUCUCAGGUCGAUGUCGAGUGGCGCUUCUGGUACCACCACACGAGCCCGAAUAACGUAUGCGACAAUUCUUACAUUGCUGGUACAUUGAUCGACACGGGCGAGUACCUUGAAUGUGAGCAGUGCAGCCAGUCACGGAUAGCACGAAUCGAGUACCAAUGCACGGACCACAGUCUGGCUGAGGAAUGGCAGACGGGCGUGGGUCACACCAGGUUCACCAUAGAACCAGGGUUGACUACAUUCGACAUCAGAUAUUCCGGCUGUUGUUGGCUACCGCUUGGCAAUGCGGGGAAAGUCUACAGCGCCCAGGCUCAUGUGGAUUUGACGCCUCAUGACGGGGUCAUUAACUCAUCGCCUGUUACAUCAUGGGUGCCCGUCGUCCGCAUUCAGCAGGGAUGCAAGGAUACUCUACGCAUUCCAGUUGUGGAUCCCGACGGAGAUGUUGUCAAGUGUCGUUGGCCUUCGAGUUCUGCGGAAGGGGGAAGUGUCACUCCAAUGAAAAAUGCCAUUCUGGAUCAGAGCAACUGUGUCUUAUCCAUCAAUGCAAUUGAUGACUCAGGAUGGUAUGCCAUCGCCCUUAUCAUCGAAGACUUCACCACGCAAGCCUCGCCCACUGCCAAGAGCAAAGUUCCUUUACAAUUCCUGGUUAACAUCUAUGUCGGAGACACUUUGACCUGCGCCCCAUUGCCGAGGCUUGACGACCGAUUCUCGCCUACGCCGACACACAGUCAAUGCUACAAUCUAGUGCCUGGGGCGACUACGUUCAAAUUUGAAAUUGGCGUGUUUGAAGCCGAUGCUCCUAUAACUGCUCUCGAAACAACCUCACCCGUUGGUAUGAAAACAACACCAGUGAUAUCAUCUGACAAUGGCUCUGUUGACCGUCUCUUUGUGUCAAAGUGGAUACCAGACACAAGCCAAAUAGGACCUCAUAUAAUGUGCUUCAAUGCCUUGGACUCAAAUGGCCAGAGAAGUGAGGUGAAGUGUGUAAUUCUUCUUGUAGGAGAUGUCCUGCAAGCUGAGCAGGGGUGGUAUGAAUCCCAACAAGGGGAAGAGUACGUUCUCCUGAAUGAGGGUGUUGUAUCCGAACCAAGGUCUUGUUCCCUCCCUUCAGCAGCUCUAAAUAACCCUAACAUCUUGCGAGCACGGGAUCGUUCUCUGCAUAUUGCUAUAUCCCCUCCUGUCGUCGUUGAGGCCUGGACUAAUGCUACAGUCAACUUGCCCGGUUACAUCCUGAUCUGGAAUUUCAGGUUUGAUCAAGAUGUGAGUAUACUAGGCACCGAGAUAACCAAGGCCUCAAGCUUCAGAAAGCCUUAUGCUAAGUUCUACUACAGCAACGGGAAGUGGCAACUAUCAAUUCCUACCUGGCUUCCUUACAACAUCAGAUACCCAGCUCCAGACACGCUGCAAGUUUUGGUACGGCCCUACGUCGGCUCUCUUUUCCCGCCCAUAGGACAGGCACACUAUGUCCUACUUGAUGGAGGUGCAGUAAAUGGACCAGGACCAUGCCAUUUACCAUCUGCUGCUGUUAGUGAUCCAUACCUUUGCAGAGCCGUGUAUGGGACUCUGCCAAGUGCCACUGAUGAGACCUCAAUAUAUACCACUCCGCUGCUUGAGGAUUGGACCACAUCACCGCAAUCUGACAGCUCCGUCCAAAAGCCUACACAACUCACGACAGAGGAGACUGGUGGGCCUGCACAUCCACCAGGUAUGACCCAGCCACUCCUCUCGCCUUCAGUGGACUGUUCUGAUUCUGGCAUGAUGGUCUUCAUCCCCCGCUCUGUGAUUGGUGAUGCCCUGGCGUCUCAUUUGCAUUUGUUGGACCCGGCGUGCGUCGGUAGUCAUCAUAACGCCACCCACGUUAAGAUUGGAACAACCUACGACCGAUGUGGAACUUUCAUGGAGGUUCGUGGAGACAGCGUCCUUUUUUUCAACGUCAUCCACGAUGAGGCUGUCCCUGUGGAACCAGGCAGUGUUAUAACCCGAGACCGAGAUAUCGAGAUUCCAGUCCAGUGCAUCAUGGACUUAGAAGGGAUUGCUGAAAUAAGUUUCCGUCCGGAUACCUCCAAGAUCACAUUCCGCGAGGAUGGCUUCGGCUCCUUCAACUUCUCCCUCAGACUUUACCAUGGCAACGAUUACACCACGCCCUACCAGCCUGCUGACUACCCCGUCGACGUCGCGAUGGGUAACAAGCUCUACUUCGAGGCUCGUACUUGGAGCGAGCCUGGACUGGAGCUGUUUUUGCAGACGUGUCGCGCCACGCCUACCUCCAACCCAGACGACUUCCACCGUUACACUUUCAUCCAAGAUGGAUGCAUUGAAGACAACACAGUGGUAUUCCAUCCAUCAGAUGACCCGGACAUUGACCGUUUUGAGAUUGAUGCCUUUGCAUUCGUAGAUGCCCUACCCCAGCCGGUGGUGUACGUUCAUUGUGACAUGGUUCUGUGUAACUCCACUGAUGCAUACUCGCGCUGUGCCAUCGGAUGUCCAACUAGAAGCAUCAACUUACUCCCCGGUGUGCACAGACGCCAUGCCAGAUCUGCGUCUGGUUCCCGCGCUUAUGCCAUCACGCAGGGACCCAUAUCUGUGAUGGAGGAUGGGGAGGAAGAAGGAAGUGAGCUGUCGUCUGUUCAGCUGCCAAUCCUUCUGACAACUGUCUGCCUAUUGGUUGGCUGCGUGCUGGUACUCGGCACACUGAUUGUCGUGAUGCGUAAACGCACCCAACGCCUUCAAUUGUACUCGCCACUGGCCACUGAAGAAAACUAGUUACAGGAACUGUCUACUAGCCUGAGUUCAUCAAAGGAAAUCAUUUAUCCAUAUUUCUCAAUUAUAUUUGAAGAAGAUUUAAGAGAAAUUCAGAACAAUUUAAGUAAACGUUUAUUAUGCUGUUAGGCAUGGGUGAUAUUCAAUAGAAUUUUUUUGUAAUGCAGCA